UUACUAGUUACUCCAACUGUUGUAGGGUUUGUUGUAUAAGUCGUCGUCAUGACUCAUGACGAAAUAUUAAUUAUGCCAUGAUGGUCAGAUCUUGCACGGUUAGCUUAGGUUAUUCUUCAACUGUUAUUCGUGCGCCAUCUUGAUCUUAUGUUCUUAAAAACGCCUUAGGUACUGGCUAUACACCUACUGUCUUAGCGUAAAUCGUGUUGACAAUCACACAUAACAUUUUUAUCAUUGAACAUUAUUAUUUCUCUUGAGUUAUUAAUUUAUUGUUAAAGUCAACACGGACGUUUCAUCGUUAAUUAUCAAUAACUGUUUUGAGUGACUAUUUCGAUUUUCGUUUACUGUACGCGUGUAAGCACUCAACUAUACGUUUUGUGGCGGACAGCAGACCACGAUGGCAAACGAGAGAACGUACGUAGUACCUAGCUUGUUGCAAACGGCAGCACCGAACGCUUGCACCGAGAUCGAGCGUGGCAGGUUCGACUUUCUGGAGGUACCGGACGUCGAUAUGCGACAUUGUUGCGAGUCGCUGUUAGAAAUAUUAAAAAUCGAGAAAAACCGAAACGAGGGCAACGAAGGACAGACCAUGUUCAUCAGGUUGCAGUUGACCAGCAAGGACAAGAGGUUUCUAAACAUAUGCGAGGAGGCAGCGUCGCACGGGCACAUAAAUUGCCUGAAACUCGCUCACGAGAUUGGCGUCCCUUGGAACGAUAAGGCGUGCAAACGGGCUGCGAGUUCGGGGCAUCUGGAGUGUCUACGAUACGCACGGGAAAACGGGUGCCCGUGGAAUGAGAAAACUUGCGGCCAUGCCGCAUUGAACGGUCACAUGGACUGCCUGAUAUACGCACGGGAAAACGGGUGCCCUUGGAACUUUGAUACAUGCGCCAAUGCCGCAAUGGAGGGUCACAAGGACUGCCUGGUUUAUGCACGGGAAAACGGGUGCCCGUGGAAUGAGUAUACGUGCACCUUUGCCGCAUUUUCCGGUCACAUUGACUGCCUGAUAUACGCACGGGAAAACGGGUGCCCGUGGGACGCAGAUACGUGCAACUUUGCAGCGAAAUACGGACACAAGGACUGCCUAGUUUACGCACGGGAAAACGGUUGCCCUUGGAAUGAGAAAACUUGCAGCUAUGCCGCAUUGAACGGUCACAUGGACUGCUUGAUAUACGCACGGGAAAACGGGUGCCCGUGGGACGCGAAUACGUGCACCUUUGCAGCAAAGAACGGACACAAGGACUGCCUAGUUUACGCACGGGAAUACGGGUGCCCUUGGAACGACUGGACAUGCUUAAGUGCCGCAACAAACGGUCACAUGGACUGCCUGGUAUACGCCCGGGAAAACGGGUGCCCGUGGAAUGAGAAAACUUGCAGCUAUGCCGCUUUGAAUGGUCACAUGGACUGCCUGAUGUACUCACGGGAAAACGGGUGCCCGUGGGACGCGGAUACGUGCAACUUUGCCGCGAAGAACGGCCACAAGGACUGCCUAGUUUACGCACGGGAAAACGGGUGCCCUUGGAAUGAGAAAACUUGCAGGAAUGCCGCAUUGAACGGUGACAUAGACUGCCUGAUAUACGCACGGUUAAACGGGUGCCCGUGGGACGAGAAAACGUGCAGCUUUGCCGCAUUUUCCGGUCACAUUGACUGCCUGAUAUACGCACGGGAAAACGGGUGUCCGUGGGACGCGGAUACGUGCAACUUUUCCGCGAAGAACGGCCACAAGGACUGCCUAGUUUACGCACGGGAAAACGGGUGCCCUUGGAAUGAGAAAACUUGCAGCUAUGCCGCAUUGAACGGUCACAUGGACUGCCUGAUAUUUGCACGGGAAAAAGGGUGCCCGUGGAACGAGAAUACGUGCAGCUUUGCCGCACAUUCCGGUCACAUUGAC